AUGAGCUGCAACCCCCUCACCCCCCAUAUCCCCCCCACCCCUUUAACCAACCCCAGGUUGUUGAACGAGAGCGAGAAACGUCCCUUCGUGGAAGAAGCCGAACGGCUGCGGGUGCAACACAAGAAGGAUCAUCCCGACUACAAAUACCAACCACGGAGGAGAAAGUCGGUGAAGAACGGGCAGUCGGAGCAGGAGGAGGGCUCGGAGCAAACCCACAUCUCUCCCAACGCCAUCUUCAAGGCCUUGCAGGCGGAUUCCCCCCAGUCGUCCUCCAGCAUCAGCGAGGUCCACUCCCCCGGGGAGCACUCGGGGCAAUCGCAGGGUCCCCCCACACCCCCCACCACCCCUAAGACGGACGCGCAGCCGGGCAAGCAGGACCUGAAGCGGGAAGGUCGCCCGCUACAAGAAGGCGGCCGGCAGCCACCCCACAUUGACUUCAGAGACGUGGACAUCGGCGAGCUCAGCAGCGACGUCAUCUCCAACAUCGAAACCUUUGACGUCAACGAAUUCGAUCAAUACCUCCCCCCAAAUGGUCACCCAGGUGUCCCGGCUACUCAUGGCCAACCUGGUCAGGUCACCUACACCGGGAGUUACGGUAUCAGCAGCACGACGGGUUCACAGACCGGGGCUGGUCAUGUUUGGAUGUCAAAACAACAACCACAACCACCACAAGCUCCGGCACAACCAUCGGCAC